UAUGUAAUUUUUAUAUACAUUAGGUAAAUGAUGCAAAUAGAAACCGAAUUCACUCUAAAAUUCAAGAAGUCUUAUUUUUAUAUACCAUCUGAAUUUGCAUAUUCAGAAGCCACAACACAAGGAAAAGCUAACAUCAAAAGCCAACUGAAAAGGGGUCCCUUGUUUUGCAAUCUCUUGCUCCUAAUCUCACUGCUCCAAAACCACACCAUGAAAACAGCUUGCUAAAUUACAUUGUCUUCAUCAUUUUGACUUACAAAAGAAAAAAAAAAACAGAGAGAAAGAAAAAAAGAAAGGGCAUGCCAUCGGGAUCGACGAUGCAAUCUGACGUAUUGCCAAGUAACAAUGCUGAUGAUUAUAAUACUAUGCAAAACGAACAUUCGUUUCACAUGACAAAGCAAAACAAUGAUAAAAGAUUUUCUUCUCCAACUCCGCCAAGAGAAGAAAACUUUUCGGUCUCAACUCUUCAAUGCCGAGUCCUGUGAUUCCACGUUCAAAGUCCGCUCCCGAUAUCACCAGCCCGCAUUCACCGCUAAAUGUACUGUCUUCGAGCAAGUCUGUGCGAUCAGCUCGCUCGACUGGCUCAUCGAUAAUUUCCUGGCGAAAGAAACUUGGUGUUUACAUCUCAGGGAAGAAAAAGAAUUCAAACUUAACUGAAGAGAGGCUUGAGGAGUUCAACAGAAGAAAUACAUUGAUAGAAGCGCGGUACAAUACCAGCAGCCCUUAUUAUAAGGGAUUAACAGACUUUUCGCUUGUGAUCAAUAGAGAGAAACUGUCGGGGUCAAGCCCAGGAAGAGAGAGCCAUGCAACAAGCUACAUCAGUUCUGGUACCAAGUCCAGUUUUAUUGUCAUGGUCCAGGAAUGGGGUUCAUCUUGCUUUACCACCUCGAAAAAGCAUGACAAAAAUUCUUAUUCACCGGUUUCUUGGACCAAAAGCUCCUCUUCGACAAAAAGCUCCCAACAUACUCGGUUUAUGACUUCAUCUUCUUCAUCAUCAUCAUCAAAAAUCUCAGAAAAGGUAAUCAGAACCAAGACAAUACAAAAUGACUCUGAAUUUGAGAGGAGAAAGGUUACUUUCCUCUCCAUGAGGACAGAGGAUGCUAUUAUUCCAUCAACUAUGAAGAAGCCAUUGGGGGAGAAAGAUUCUAAGCCAGCAUCAAUGUUGCCGGUACCACCACCAAUUGAAUCACCACUUAUGCUGCCAUUACCACCACCAACUGCAUCACCACCAGAAUCAUUACCAUACCCACUGCCACAUGUAACACUACCCACUGGACAAACAUUGCUUACACAACCACCUGCUGCUGGGGGAGGAGUGAUACAUGAGAACAAGGCGACAACCACAGCAGAAGUUCAAAGAAUAUACAUUUGGGCCGAUAACUAUAGACCUUUUUGGUUGCAAGAUUUUCUUUGCAAUAGAAGAACAGCUCUCUGGCUGCAGGCGAUCGUGAGGAAUUGGCGUGACAAAGGAGAAGAAUGUGGUCAUUUCAUAUUUGAAGGAAACCCAGGGGUGGGAAAGAGAACCAUGAUUGGGGCUUUUCUUAGAGAAGCCUUUGGAGAAGACAAAGUAAAGGCAAGAGAAGAAUGCAAGAAAUUUUACUUGAAGGGAGAAGCACUGGGUAGUAUCCUUGUAAAUUUAAAGGUAUCACCACAACAUGUUGAAGUCAACCUUUCUGAACUUAAAGGUUAUGAGAAGCAUGUCAUUGUUGAACUUAUCAAGGAGAAAAAUCAGACGUCUGAUACAACUUUGGAAUGCAAUGAAGAGAAUUGCAAAGCUAUUGUUCUACAUGAGGCAGACAAGUUAUCUACUGAUGCCCUGUCAUAUAUAAAGUGGAUGCUUGAGAAGUUUAAAGGCUGUAACAAGGUGUUCUUCUGCUGCAGCGAUGCCAAAAAACUCCAGGAGAUAAAGCCACUUUGCACAUAUGUUCAACUCCUUGAACCUUCUAUUGAAGAGAUUCUCCAUGUUUUGGCAUUCAUAGCAACACAAGAAGGAAUACAGUUACCUCAUGAGUUGGCAUAUAAAAUUGCUAGCAACUCCAAGAAUAAUUUAAGACAAGCAAUUCGCUCAUUUGAAGCUACUUGGCACUUCAGUGGGUGCAGCACCACUUUAACAGAAGAUCAAGAUAUCAAAACUGGGUGGGAAGAUAAAAUUGCCAAUAUUGCUAGAAAUGUGCUAGAAGAGCAAAGCCCAAAGCAGCUUUACAAUAUCCGUGGAGAACUUCAAAAUCUUAUAGAGCACAAUGUAGCUCCGGAGUUCAUAUUCCAAACUCUAAAAGAAGAACUGAAAAAGAUUCUGCCUGACCAGUUGCAGCCACAAUUUGACCAUCUAUACGAAGAAUAUCAAAAAAAUCGUGCCAAUAAGAAUCACUGUUCCUCCGCACAUCAACAAGAGGAGCUUGGUAACAGACAAAAUUAUCAAAAAAAGAAUGUUCAACAGUUCAUGAGGAUUGAAGAGUUUAUAGCAAGAUUCAUGAGUUGGUACAAGGGCUUCACGAUAAAUAACAAGGACUUUUGACUAGCUCUUAUCGUGGGAGGCUACUUGAUGGUUGUCCCCAAGACAGUAUUACUCAAAGUUACAGACAACACUUUGUUGCCCAUUGUUUUGAGUCAUAAUUCCAGCAUAAAAUAAGAAAGAAUAUGAACAAUACCUUGGUUUUAUAUCUUUUAAAACUAUAUGUAUUGCAUGAAUGCAUACUGCAUAAAAGUUAUGCAGCAUUGUCUCCAAUUUCAUUCAGCAAAAUGGUAUUUCCUUGAAAGUCUAGAAAAUGAUACUCAAUGUUCUACCUCUCUUUCAAGCCCAAGUUCCAUGGAGUAGAUUUUACCUCUAAUGCUUGACAAGGUACAUUGCAUUGACUAAAUUAUAAAACUCAUUGAUGCUAUGCAAAAAAGCUAGAAAAGAUCCAUUUUAUCAUUUACAAGUAUCUGCUUCGCACCCUGUGAGAGCUUAAAGGGACAAUAUUUGACCUGAGGAAACAACUGUUAGAAACUUGUUUUAGACAAAUUGUGAAUGUGAGCAGAAAAUACGGAAAGGAAACACAGUUGCAAGAAACAAGAUUGACGUGGUUCGGAAAAUUAACCUAUGUCCACGCUUGCUCAAGAGCGAUUUCUAUUAGGAUUGUUUUUUUGUGAAUUACAAUAAAAGUUCACGCAUCAACUAUUUAUACUAGGACACCUAAAAGCAUUGUACAGUUGGAUCUGCAAUCACGCUACUUGGACGUAACAUUGUCCACACUCCAACAUGAAACUACGACACUCUCUCCUAUUUAAAAUUAAACAGACACUCGGCAGUGCCUUCACUUGGUGCAUAUAUCAGAGAACUUAUACCACAACGGACUUUUGACCAAGAACACAAAUCCGCAGAUAAGCCUCCUUAAAUUAGUAUGGACAUAUUUAACAUAUUGUAAUUGGCAAGGAUCUCUCUGAAGCUCCUCCAAAAUCUUAUAAACAAGGGUAGAAUCACAAAGAAUGUCAUAAAAUGGAGCUUCCAUCCAUCAGCAAAUUAUUGCAAGAAACUUUUGCUAAUAUAAGCACAAGACUGAUAGAAUAUAUCCAACAAACAGAACAGCAACUUAUCCUGUACAUAUAACAACAAGCAAUACCAUUUCACCUCCACAAUAUGGCUGAUAAAAUGGCAUUUCAGAAACCAAAAGUGAAAAGAAGAACAGAAAACAAAGUGCUAAUUGUACAUAAAACCCACUGCACACUUUUCUUUAGCAAGUAAAUCGAGUUCCUUACUUCAGAACCACUGCGAAUUCAGAGCAAACUCACCA